CAACCAAUAUUGCACUUGCUUUGAUUGUUUUUGAGCUUUUAUCUUUUGUUCCUAUAAAUCAAAGAAAAUGAAGCCUGUCCUGCUCACAUUCCUGCUUGUUUCUCUUAUUCUCAUCUCCUCUCUCUUUGAGGUGUCAAUGGCAGGUUCUUGCAGUUCCAAGUGCAAGACGAGGUGCUCAAAGGCAGGGGUUAAAGGAAGAUGCUUGAAAAACUGUGGGAUUUGCUGCAACAAAUGCAAAUGUGUUCCAUCAGGGACAUAUGGGAACAAGCAUGAAUGCCCUUGUUACAGGGACUUUAAGAACUCCAAGGGCAAGCCCAAGUGCCCUUAGAUUCCCCCCCCCUCCGCCCAAAAUACCCUAAAACAACUAGAGCCCUUGAAAAGGACCAUUAAAGG